GCCGUCGACAUUAGCGGAAGAAGCAACAGCUCAAACGGCCUCAACGGAACAACCCCAAUAUUACUUAUCACAGCACGGCAGCCAUUACUGUAAACCGGUAGUAAUAGCAAUGGGCACUCCAAUGUCUUUAUCAGAAACAGCAGCUGAACUCCACUCCAUUAACAGGUCAACACGUUUUUAUAUCGAGGAUCAUAAGAGAUUCAGGGGUCUACGAGCACCGUGAAAAGUCAAUAGAGUAAAACAGCAGCUCGAACAGGACGGAGUGAUAGCUUCCGAAAGUUAUCGAUGGACAGACAUCCAGCGCAGCAACAAAUGAUAACAACUUUCGCUUAUUUUAUCUGUAUCCUUUGUUCGACGUUCUUCUCCACCAUUGUGAGUUGCAUAUAAACUAUUUGGGGGCUGCGUUUUGGUCGCCUACCCAACCAGCGACCCUACUAUAGCAUCCGCGUUAACCAAAUGGGAAAACUACUCGUUGGUGCCCAGCAGGCAACGACAUCAACAAGGCCAAACCAGCUCGACUCACAUAAACAACAGCAGCAGCAGCCCGUGAUGAUUAUGGUGAUCAACAAACGAGAUCAACACAAUAAUGUAUAAAAGGCCAAAGAUGAGUACGUAAAGCGAAAAGUAGCUCCAGACUCCCCGUUUAUCGGAGAUGUUCGCGGAUGCAGCACGAAAAGAUUCCUAUUUCUAUACUGGUUCGAUUGCUUUUUUGCUUAAUUCCACUCCCACCCUGUCCAACUUCUCCCCAAAUAACCGCUGUACCAUAUCAGCUCACGGAGUAGUUGUGGUUGUAGCCAGCUGCAGUUGCAGGCGCCAGCGAGUAGUCAGCCUUUAACUAAUGUUGUUAUUGUUGUAGAUACUGCAUCGACCGUCUUACGCUCUGCUCUAUCGUUUGAACUAUUGCUGGUGAUAUUCGUAGAGAAGGGUGACGGCAGAGAGGCUGCCGCGGCAACGGGAAAUUUGCAAGUUUACGAGAAGCAAGAAUUAGUGCAGAUAGAGGGACCAAAGUACAGACGUGCAAUCCGUGGUUAGAAAUACGCUUCCCUUGAUAGUUUACCUCGGUUUAAUGCGAUAAUUUGCCUGCUGGGAUACGCGGUGGUCUAGGUGAUUGUUGCUUUGGGACUGUCGCUAAACCUGCUUCACGUUGCAGUGAUGUUUUUUGCUCGAGGCGCUCUAUCAGUCGCUUGUCGGCAGAUGUCGUCCUUGUCAGGCGCUAAACUUCCACUGAAGGACAGAAUAAAGCAUAAACUCAGAUUUGCAUUUAAAGAACAGCCGCUACUAACGGAAGGAAGCAUAUUCAUCUAUGAGGCGACCGUAGAUAAAGUCAACAUAGAGUUAUGGUUCAAACAUUUCAAGCUACAGGACACAUUUCUGUCGUGGUUUUACGUCACGGAGCUGCAUGUAUGGAUGACGUUAAUAAGAGCUAUGGCGGACACAAAUAGCUAUCGCGGUAGUUACCUCCGAAAUGAAAUUGUGAAAAAUCUUUGGCGAGAUUCGGAUGUCCGAUUAAAGAAACUGGCGAGAAUUUCGGCAUCCAUCAAGAACCAGUGUGUAAACGACCUUAGUGAACACUUCUAUGCUGCACUCUGCAUCUACGAUGAGGGUCUGAACAGGGACGAUCAGGCAUUAGCGGGAUCGUUAUGGCGUGUCCUGCUUACAUGUGAUCCGGACCUGCAGGAUUUCAAACAGAUACGGACACUUGUUCACUAUGUUCGCCGUAACGUGGCCUAUCUUGACAGUCUUCCACAUGAACUUUUUAUUAAGGAAGGCAAUUUAGAAUGGAAGCCGCUUGAAGAGUCGAUAAGAGCUGCCACAAUGUCGUAGCGAUA